CAUUUCUUUCCCAAAAAGGAGAAUGGGAUAAAAAAAAAUAUUGACAAGACUGUGUACUUGCGCGUCCUUACCCUUUUUUCUGUCUUUGCUUCUCUUUUCAAGGCUAAUUCGUGGCCUCGUCUUCUCUUUUUCUGUAUCGUUUUUACUUUCAACCACUUCCAAUUUUCUUUUUCGUCAGAUCUUAAUACCAUCAUGGAGGAUGCUGCUGCUUCUGCUGCUACUGCUAAUGUAUUGGAAGCCAAAGAUGGUACUAUUUCUGUUGCUUCAGCAUUUCCUGGUCAUCAAGAAGCUGUACAGGAUAGAGACCACAAGUUCUUAACAAAAGCAGUUGAAGAAGCAUACAAGGGGGUUGAAUGUGGUGAUGGAGGCCCAUUUGGAGCAGUUGUUGUUCUAAAUGAUGAAGUAGUUGUAAGCUGUCAUAACAUGGUUUUACGAAACACUGAUCCCACUGCCCAUGCUGAGGUUACUGCUAUAAGAGAGGCUUGUCAAAAGCUGAAUCAAAUUGAACUUGCUGACUGUGAAAUCUAUGCUUCUUGCGAGCCUUGUCCAAUGUGCUUUGGUGCAAUUCAUCUUUCAAGAAUUAAGAGACUGGUUUACGGAGCUAAAGCAGAAGCUGCAAUAGCAAUUGGAUUUGAUGAUUUCAUUGCUGAUGCACUGAGGGGCACUGGUUUUUAUCAGAAGGCUCAGUUAGAGAUCAAAAAGGCUGAUGGUAGCGGUGCUGUUAUUGCAGAACAAGUAUUUGAGAAGACAAAAUCCAAGUUUACUCUGUACUGAUUUGCUUCAAUUGCCUAAUUAAAAGCGAACCCAAGAUACAAUUGUUCAGGAAAUUUUCAAUUUCUUACUACAACUACAUUCAUAAAUUCAAGAAAUAUAAAGUUUACAUGCUCUUAUGCUGGUGUUCAUUUGUA